AUGGCACCUAUUCCUAUCCCUCUUCCUCUAUUUUCUAGCAGUUCGAUAAUGCCAAGGGACGUUUCGCAUUCAGCUUCGUUAAUCUCGAGACCGAUAACACUCUUACAGCCCAUCUCUACAAUUCUCCAACCUAGAAAUGCGCAACUAUCUUCUCCUUCGAAAUUUGCGACCCUCUUGAACCGUCUAAUAUUGCGACAAACUACGUAUAGUGACCCGAGCAUAAUUCCUUCUACAUAUGGGAGCCAGAAUAAUUCUCCCUCGCCCGGCACAAUUGUUGGUAUAGUUUUGGGAUCGGUAGGAGGCUUUUUACUCCUUCUCUGGCUCCUAUAUACAUGUUGCACAUUGGGACGUCCGUCAGCCGCGCGCUCUACAGUUACCGACGAUGUAACUGUCCGCGAGACUGUACGGCGGAGAUCGCAUAAUUCACACAGGAGUUCAAGACCGCAUAGUCGAAGAGUGACCACAACUGAGAAGACGGAGAUCAGACGACAGCGAAGUCCGAGCCCGCCUCCUGUUAGAAUUGUGAGGGAGGAGGUGAGACGACAGCGAAGUCCAAGUCCGCCUCCUGUUAGGAUUGUGAGAGAAGAGGUGAGACAAGAAACGAGGAGGCCUCCACCUGUCGACAGAGUGAUUGUUGAGGAGAGAAGGGAGGUAAGGAGGAGUAGAGAGGAGAGAAGCCCUAGCUCAAGUGGUGGGGGUAGUGCUGAAGUUGUGGUAACUGAAGAACAUGAUCCACCAAGAAGAUCGAAGAGUAAGAGGGAGAGAAGGGAGAGGGAUAGUGGAUUCAGAACAGUAGACCCAUUGAGCUUUGGAGGUGUAGUUGGUGGAGAAGGGAGGAGGGGCGAAAGGAGGAGGUAA